AUGCUCUCAGAACUCCACUUGAUUUUCAGCAUUGGUCUUGUUCUAUCAUGGAUAUGUGGGACCGUCCUAAACUCAUCCAUUGUAGCCGUGUAUCUCAGUGACUGGAAGAAGGGAUUGAACCUUGGUGCCUGCAAUCAAAUCAUUCUCACCAUGGGUUGCACCAACCUACUCCUGCAGAGCUUCUUAACAUUUCAUCUGAUGUUCAUAACUUAUCAGUUCUCCGUUCUGCUUGACAAAGAAUUACUUUUAGCCGCUGUCUCUUUUGGUUUACACUUUUCAAUUUCUCUCUCAUUUUGGCUCACUGCCUGGCUCAGCGGCUACUACUGUGUAAAACUGGCCAACUCCUCCAACAGAUUCUUCAUUCGAUUAAAAAGAGAAGUUUCUACUGUGGUUGCCUACUGCCUACUGGGAACAGUGCUUACUCUGUUCAUUGCUGAAAUGCCCGUUAUUUGGACAACGCAUAUAAUAACAGACCAAAAUCAAACAAGCAUUUAUUGUAUUAUGGAUGAUAAUAUUGCACUUGUUUCAUUUAACUUCACAAUUUCUUGCCUCCUUCCAACUAUUAUGACGUCCUUUUGUAUUGGACUCAGCCUGAUCUCCCUUCUGAAACACGUCCAUAAGAUGAAGCAGAAUACUUCUCAGUUUUGGAACCCUCAGCUGAAAAGCCAUGUAAAGGCCUGCAGGACAAUGCUACUUCUGUUGGCUGUGAACUUGAUAUUCUCAUUGGCUGUUUUUAUUUCCUCCCAGCCGACAGAUAAGGCUGAAGUUAUUGGGGUAUAUGUACCCUGGUUUAUUUUGAUGUCAUAUCCCUCAGCUAAAGCCAUAAUUCUUCUCUUUGGGAACUCCAGGUUAGCAACUGCCUGUCAAAGUUCUUGUUUUCUCAGUAAAAGGGUUGUAUGA